UGCGCAGAGCUGCAGAGGCGGCUCCCGAGUCCCGCCUGCGUGCUGGCGCGUGCGCACAGUUGCCGAAGAUGGCGGUCAGCCUGCGUGUGGUGACGGAGGCGCUGAGGGAGCUGACGGUGCCGGCGGAAGUGACUGCGGUGUCACAGGCCAGUUGUGAGGAUGUGCUUCUACAGACUCUCUCCCGCAAACUCGCUGCCCAUCACGAGAAGCUGCAGCAGGAUCCAGUCAGAUUGGCUCUGGGGAAGCUGAGGAGCAGCAUGCUGGCCCAGUUAGCUUGGCCCAUGAGCAGCGAUGAUGUUGUGUGGAGCUUUGUUGCUGAGCUUCUUGUGCUGCUCUUGUGUUUGAAGCAGACAAUGAUCGAUGUGUUAGCACAAUUCACACCCCCAAAACCAAACCCCAAGAGCCCAGAGUGUGCACCGCCUCUCUCUCCUGACACUCUAAGCAUCUUGCAGCAGAAGACCGUCCAAUCCGCGCUGCAGUUUGUUGUGACUCUUGGGAUCUGCUCUCACCUGCUACCUGGGGUUGGGAUUCCCCUUGGCUGCAGGUCAGAGUUUGCAGCAACGGUUGAGAAGGUGGUUGGUGACUCGAUGCCUGCGAGUGGGACAUGGCGACUGCUCAACGUCACGCAGGUGCUCCUCAGCAUUGCUGAACACCCGUCCCUGGAGAGCCUUGUGUUCACCAGGCAUCUCGGAGAUCUCAUGGCCAGUCUCUGCCAACUGAGUUAUUCAUCAACCAAAGAUCAACGGAAAGCUUCACCAGGACACAUUGCCACUCAGAAGGGCCUCACUGAAGAAGAGCAGCGGGCCUGUCAGGAAUCCCUCCGGAAAAUGUUGGAUCAAGUUUAUCAGCCGAAUGUUAUCAAGGAACUGCUGAUUCUUCAGCGAGGAGCGAAGGUGGUCAGAGCGAGAGGUGGCUCUGCACGAACCAUGCUGAAGGCUCCGGCCUGGCUGCGACGUGUUUGUGGCCAAUUCUUGUCCCAGGCACUGAUGAAGCCUCAUGGUGUCCAGGCCGUGGUAAGAGGAAUUGUGGAAGGAGCUGGUGCUGGACCCGCGGGAGGGGAGUGUGCGGAGGCAGUGGCCGCUGACUGGAGGAAGUGUGAUACUGUGGCCAGGAUUCUGGCUUCUUGUCCCCAGCAGUGCUUGUGUGUUGGAGAUUACUACCGGCACGUGUGCCCUCAGGUUCUGGAGCUGCUUCACAUCCGUGACGCGCUGACAGCCCGCCAGUUUCAGCGGGUGGCCACGACCACUCUGCUCUCCAUGGUGAGGGAACAACCCGAGCUGGCAGCCGAGCAUCUGCUGGGGCCUCUGCUGGCUCCACUCGUCACCUGCCUGAGGACCAGAGGGAUGGGCGAGGAGUCGGGGAAGGUGGAUGUGGUGCUGUUGGGGGAGCUGGAACUGACUAGAUGUGUGGAGGAUGUGUACAAGGUGUGUGUUGUCGGAAAUGAUCCUGUCCCCAGGCUGAUGGAGUCUGUGCAAAUGGUGAUUCCGGCUGUCUUUAAUCUUCACUGUUUCACCAAGCAAGGGGUAUCGCAUUUGCGGUCUGCUUGCCUGGAAAUUAUUUUGUGGUUCUUGCAGAAAUCCGAGAAACAGAUAGCUCUGGUGAUGUUGAAGCGACUUGCAGGCCUGUUGCCAAUGGACUUUUUGUUGCAGCCGCUUUACCGAUUCACAGCAGGUAGCGAGGGGGGUGUGCGACUGGUUGCAAAGGAGCAGGAAAGUGAUGAUGACGAGGCUCUGUACGGGAAGGUUUGCUGGGAACAGUGGCGGGCAGAGUGUCUGGCGGAUGUGUUGAGCAGUCUGCAGGAGAGCAGCAUUGCUGGAGAUUUCUUCAUCGAGUGUUUGAAGGGCCUUGCGAGCUUCGCGGGAGAGAACGACUGCAGCCCGGGUUGCACUGGUGCUGUGCCUGACUUGGAGCAGCAGCAGCUGAUCACAGUGCAGCUUGUUGCUGUCAUGUGUGAGAGAAUCGGACACUCUGUCUUCAGCAACACUGUGCAGAUGAUUGAGUUUAUCAUGGCCACGCUGAAGCGUUCGUGCACCAGCUUGGUCCACAGGACGGAGGAGGUGGUGGAGGCUCAGACACUGAGUAUGGGAAUGGGACUGGUCGCAGCCAUGCUUGGAGGAGCAGUGCAGCUGACCGCUUCGGACUUUGUGGCCUUGCGACCAAUGUUGCCACUGCUGGAGCAGCUGUCAGCUUUACACCCUGACCCUGUGGUACAAGAGCUGGCGUCCGACCUGCGCAUCACCAUCGCCACCCGUGGAGCCUUCUCCAGUGAAACUGUUUCCAAAGCUGCGCACACGACCAUGGGCAAGAAAACCCAGCGGGUCUCUAGAUCGACGGGUGGUGGCAGGGCAGAGGAGGCCGGUGCAGGGACCAGAGACAGAGAGGUGCCGUCGCUGGGUAGGCCUGGGAACCCUGAGUACAGGAACAACUCCACCAGCGACUUCCAGGACAUUCUUCAGGCUGCCUUUGAUCCCGAGGAGUCCACGCGCGCUGCUGCUCUGAGGACACUCACUCGCAUGAUUCAACAGCGCAAUCCUGAUGCCCAGAGUAACCAGGAGAAGGUCCUCACCGUGUUUCUGGAAAAUCUCAACCAUGAAGAUUCCUUUGUUUAUUUGUCAGCAAUUCAAGGUUUGUCAGUGCUGUCGGACGUGUACCCAGCCCGAAUCCUGCCACAAUUACUCAACGAAUAUCAAGUAUCAUCACAGGAAGCUGAGAAACCACGAUCUGUGGAGACGCGGAUGAAGAUUGGAGAGGUCCUGAUGAGGAGUACGAGAGCUUUGGGUGAGAUGGCCUCUCACUAUCGUGACCAGCUGAUCCAUGUGUAUUUGAUGGGGACCAAGGAUGUGGAUAGUUGUGUCCGAGCCAGUAGCCUGUCGAACCUGGGGGAGCUCUGCACCUGGCUGGACUUUGCACUGGGACCAGUCAUUCACGAGGUGACUGCGUGCCUUUCUGCCAUCGUGAAGACUGAACGGGAGGCUGAGGUGCGGCGGGCUGCUGUUCACGUGGUCACGCUCCUGCUCCGUGGACUCUGUGAGAAGGCUCUGCAGGUGCUGGCUGAUGUUCUGCUUGAGCUCUACCGCUUGCUGAAGUUUGCCGUGCAGACAGAUGUGGACCAGCUGGUGCAGCUGCACGCACAGCUGGCGCUGGAGGAGUUGGACUGUGUCGUCAGAGGCAUCUUGUUUCCAGAGGAAAAACUUGAAAAGAAAAUCACUGUGCUUCCGUAGUAGGUUCCAGCAUGUGUAGCCUGCUUCAUAGUGCUGCAAGUAUAAGGAUUGUGACAGCACUGUUGUCUUUAGCCCCUGACGGUGGUGUGGUGCUGACUGAUCCUACAGAGUGGGGCUUCAAUGGUGUGGGGGAUUGCAGUGUUCUUCCAGAAUUACUGACACAUGUUGACCAUGUUAUAAAGUGGUGCAGUGGUUUCAACCAGUGUUGAGCCCAGGGUGAGUCAGCCCUGCAGAGGCAACGGGUGCUGCUGGUACUCUGCAGUGUGCAAGCUGACUGCCCCCUCAAUGUACUGAUUGCCAGCCCUGCCGCUCUCCCCAUCACUGGGCUUCUGUUCCCCACUCACUGGCACCUUGUGCCCUCACUCAAGCUGUUGACAUGUCUCUGGCCUCACAUUCACCCUGAAUGUUCUGUUGAACCUGUGAGAUCCAUCACUCUGAAUCCUCGUCGCUACUUGUGUGUUUCCACCUCCUCCAGCAGGAGGCAGUGACACCAUGAACUGGAUGUGAAGCAGCUUCAGUGAGUGUGAGCAGGACAGUAAUCUGCUGAGGAUGUGGUGAAGAGCUGGCUGGAGCUUGUGCGAGCUGCCAAUGACGAGGGCAGAGGUCAGAGUCAGAAGCAUCCUGAUCUGUCACCCAAACUACAGGUUGUUCCUCUCCACACGGGGAUGGACCCUGCAAGGAGUUUCUAGAUCUCCAUCAGAUGGACAAGGAUGGAAUGUUUGAAAUGUACCCAUGUGUUAUAAGGUGGUGCAAUGAUUGUGACCUGGAUUAGUAGUCGGAUGUUAGAAUUUGAGGUAAAGGACCACCUGUACAGUUGCAAAUUUUAUUCAGUUGAUUAAACUAACUUAAAAUAAAAAGAAUGCCACAGAU